UUGGAAGAGGACCUGAAGUCCGAGCUGACGGGGAAAUUCGAGAAGGUGAUUGUAGGGUUGUUAAUGCCACUCGCGCAGUAUGAUGCCCAGGAGCUCAAGUAUGCAAUGAAGGGAGCUGGGACCGAUGAGGGAUGCCUGAUUGAGAUUUUGGCUUCUCGUUCACCUGAGGAAAUCCGUUUGAUCAAUGCGACCUACAGACACAAAUAUGGAAAGUCUCUGGAAGAUGACAUUUGCUCCGACACAUCGAUGAUGUUCCAGAGAGUGCUGGUGUCUUUAUCAGCAGGUGGCAGAGAUACUGGCAGUAAUGUGGAUGAUGCUCUGGCCAAGAAGGAUGCUCAGGACCUAUAUGAAGCGGGCGAGAAAAAGUGGGGGACUGACGAGGUGAAGUUUCUGUCCAUCCUCUGCACAAGGAACAGGAAGCAUUUGCUGAAAGUUUUUGAAGAAUACAAGAAGAUUUCCAAAAAGGAUAUCGAAGCCAGUAUAAAAUCUGAGAUGUCUGGAAACCUGGAAGAUGCCCUCCUGGCAGUUGUGAUGUGCAUAAAAAAUCGACCUGCCUAUUUCGCUGAAAGGUUGUACAAAUCCAUGAAGGGGCUCGGCACUGAUGACGACACUCUAAUCCGUGUCAUGGUUUCGAGAUGUGAAGUAGACAUGCUGGAAAUCCGGUCACAGUUCAAGAAGAUGUAUGGCAAGUCCCUGCACUCCUUCAUCAAGGGGGACACUUCUGGAGAUUACCGGAAAAUUCUUCUGAAGCUCUGCGGCGGGGAAGACUAA